CAUCUCUGACCUCAUUUUGUAUCGGUCUUUUUUUCUGAGGAGACGGCUGCUGGCGGCGCCAUAUUGAAAGAGUAGAAUUGUACCAUAAAUCGGUAAAAACGGUGAAUUUGGCGGGAUGUUGUACCUGGAGGACUACCUGGAGAUGAUCGAGCAGCUUCCCAUGGAUCUCCGCGACAGGUUCACGGAAAUGAGGGAGAUGGACCUGCAGGUUCAGAACGCCACCGAUCAGCUGGAGCAGAAAGUCAUCGAGUUCUUCGUCAACGCAAAGAAGAACAAACCGGAGUGGAGAGAAGAGCAGAUGGAGGUCAUCAAAAAGGAUUAUUACAAAGCUUUGGAGGAUGCAGAUGAGAAAGUCCAGCUGGCCAAUCAGAUUUAUGAUCUGGUGAGUAAACAAAGUGUCAACACAGUGUUUAACCCUUUAGAGACU